UGCUGGCCGCUGGCGGGGAGGUGCCCUCGGUCCCCGCGUCCCUCGGCGCGCUCGGCGUGGCCGCUGGCGCCGCCACCCUGCCCGCAGGCCGCCGGGGGCCGCGGAGCCCAUGAAGCCCAGGGCGCCUCCGCCGCUGCCGCCGCCCCCGCGGCGUGGCCGUCGUCCCGGAGCGUCCCGAGGCGGCUCGGGCAUGGCUGCGGCAUGAGCCCCGGGCCGCCGCCGCGGGAGCCGGAGCGGAAAACGGUGUCCGAAGCGGAGGUGGCAGCGAUGCCCGAGAAGCGCGCGGGAGCGCAGGCCGCGGGCGCAGGCUUGUUACCAGGCGUUGGCCGGCCCAGUGUCUAUCACGCUGCAGUUGUCAUCUUCCUUGAAUUCUUCGCCUGGGGCCUGCUGACAACUCCAAUGUUGACUGUUUUGCAUGAAACAUUUCCUCAGCACACAUUUCUCAUGAAUGGUCUCAUUCAAGGUGUAAAGGGCCUGCUCUCGUUUCUGAGCGCCCCGCUCAUCGGAGCUCUGUCUGACGUGUGGGGGCGGAAGCCCUUCCUCCUGGGCACAGUCUUCUUCACCUGCUUCCCGAUCCCACUGAUGAGGAUCAGCCCAUGGUGGUAUUUUGCAAUGAUUUCUGUGUCUGGCGUCUUCUCAGUCACCUUCUCUGUGAUAUUCGCAUACGUCGCUGACAUUACCCAGGAACACGAGAGAAGCCCUGCUUAUGGUUGGGUCUCAGCCACCUUUGCCGCUAGUCUGGUCAGCAGCCCAGCAAUUGGAGCGUACCUUUCUGCCACCUACGGGGACAGCCUUGUGGUGCUGGUGGCCACAGUAGUGGCCCUCCUGGACAUCUGCUUCAUCCUGGUGGCUGUUCCGGAAUCUCUUCCUGAGAAAAUGCGACCAGUCUCCUGGGGAGCUCAAAUUUCUUGGAAACAAGCAGACCCUUUCGCGUCAUUGAAGAAAGUUGGACAAGAUUCUACUGUCUUACUUAUCUGCAUCACCGUGUUUCUUUCCUACCUUCCUGAGGCUGGACAGUAUUCGAGCUUUUUCCUGUAUCUCAGGCAGGUCAUAGGUUUUGGAUCUGUGAAAAUUGUAGCUUUCAUAGCUAUGGUAGGAAUUCUUUCUAUUGUGGCUCAGACAGUCUUUCUUAGCAUCUUGAUGAGGUCAUUGGGAAACAAGAACACUGUCCUCCUUGGCCUGGGCUUCCAGAUGUUCCAGUUGGCCUGGUACGGGUUUGGAUCUCAGGCCUGGAUGAUGUGGGCGGCAGGCACAGUGGCCGCCAUGUCCAGCAUCACGUUCCCUGCCAUCAGCGCCCUCAUCUCUCGGAACGCAGAGCCCGAUCAACAAGGAGUUGCUCAGGGGAUCAUAACUGGAAUAAGAGGCUUAUGCAAUGGCCUCGGGCCAGCACUUUACGGCUUAAUAUUCUACAUGUUCCAUGUGGAGCUCACCGAUCUGGGCGCGGAAUUGAAUUCCGACAGUACCACCCUGCAGGGCGCUGUCAUCCCAGGCCCACCGUUUUUAUUUGGAGCGUGUAUAGUUCUUACAUCUUUUCUGGUUGCCUUAUUCAUCCCUGAGUACAGCAAAGCUGGUGGAGCUCAGAAGCACAGCAGUGGCAGUGGCAGCCUGGCCAGCUCCCCUGAAAGAGGCACGGGGGAGGACGUUGAGCCACUGUUGCAGGACAGCAGCAUCUGGGAGCUCUCCUCUUCUGAGGAGCCUGGCAGUCAGUGUACCGAAUUGUGACCUCGGCAGGAAGGGGGAUCCUGCUGAGCACGACCCACCUGGGACAGCCCCACCUGGGACAGCGGCGGAGAGAGCUGCGCUUGGAGCCUGCGUGGUGCGGGCGGGGGAGUUGAGCAGCAUCCUUCAGGCCAAAGUCUGAUGAGGGACUCCAUCCUUCAGUUUCCUCCUCCUAUUCCUUUGCUUGGAUUCUCUCUUCUGUUGUGCAUUAUUAGAACAAGGUAAGGUUUGAAAUAAUUGCAAAUGAUGUGCAACCCUCAAGGUUAUCUGGAUUCCAAACUUUGAAGCUCAGAUAAUAAAGGUCAUAACUCUGAUGAAAGGAUAGCUUUUCUUGAGUAACCCUGGAGGUCAGGGCAGACUGCAGGACCGCUGUGGACUGCUGCCUCUGGCAAGAUUUCAGGUGAAGAUCUUUAUUUUCCCUCCUGCUUUGAGCUGUUUUCACAUGCCCAGAGGCGUGGUGAGUGGCCACUGCAGAGUCACUCCAUAUCAGGGACCCGCUGCCUUUUUCCAAAGGUCAGACAAAAACUUAGCUUUUGUUCUUGUAUUUCCUCUACUUUCUAUGCUUGGCUGAAAUGAAGAUUGGCAAUGUUGAUUAAUGAUUAUCUUUUCUAGUUGGAGGCAUUUUUCUCCUACAUUUGAAUCAGGUAGAACUCCGAUUUCUGGGUGCAGUGUCCUGGUCAGAUGUGAAGUGUUAUUAGAGAAGACACAGGCAUCACGUGUCCUAGCGGCGACAGAGACAUUGUGGCGGGCGCUUGGAAGAACCGCUUUGAGCAAUGGGAACCUUCCUAAGAGUAGAUGAGUUAGUGGCGGGACACCAGUGGAGUUUACAUCCCAGCUCAGACUCCUAAUCGUUUCUCACCAUCCUCCCACGGCCUGCUUUCCCAGCGGUUUUCUCACGCUUCACACUCCUGCCUUAACUGCUCGGCAGUGUGCGUUUCUUCCCAGUUAAUCUUUUCUCUCAGUCUGUUUCCUGAGUUUUGAAUCUCAUAGGAAUCUGCACAUCGAAUUCCUUUCUGCAGUGUGAGGGUUGGGUGAAGCUCAGUUUCACAACAAGUGUCUUGCUAACUUUUCAAGGUGUUUUAUGGAUAAAGAACACUUUACAGAUUUAUAUGUAUUUUGCUGCAAAAGUAAAUGGACCAUAAACUAGGGCGUACCAUUAACAGCACUCCUCUGGAAGUUUUAUAGUAUGAGAUAUAUGUAGAUAUUUGUAAGGGAUUUUAAUUUUUUUGAUGGGGUGCUAUGUUUAUCUUGUAUUUAUAAAUGUAAUGAAGGUAUUGACAAAAAUAUAUACAACUUUUAUAAGAUUGUUUACUGACUGAAUACAUUUAAAAUAUAUAUAUUUUGAAGUUCUGUUCUACCAUGGACAGAGAUAACAUAUCUUUUUACUGUUGGGUUUUUAGGUUAUGCUUCCUAAUGCAUAAUAAAUUUGCCAUGGAUACUUUUAUGUCUUCGUGGGAUUUUUUAAAACCAGUAUUUUUCAGACACACAAUAUCUUUUGGUUUCUCUUGCUUUAUACAGAUGCACACAAACCAGCAAGGAGAGAACUUUGCAUAGCUGCCGUUCUCUUCCCUGCAGCUUGAUUGAUUAUGUGGCCACUGAGCUGUUUUUUAACUCGUAUGUCUACCUGUGAUACAUAUCCUUGGGCCAGAAUCUGAACAUGGAUUCUCUGUCGUGUGACUCAAGUAGCCCUUCCUGCAGGGCCUCCGUCUGUAGCAGCCCUGCCCUCGGCUGUGGAAUGAUCGCAGAGGAGCA